UAUCUUUUCUCCUGCUUAAUAGAAUUAAUGUCGCACAAAAAAAAAAAAAUAUAAUAAACACACAUAUUAUGGUCGUAUAUAUUCAAAAAUGUAAGAAAACUUGAGGUCUAAUUGUCAGAAGUAUGAUUGAGUAUAUAGACCGUAAAUUAGGAUGUAUAAAGAGUAAUUCUUGGGUUCACUCCCUAAGGUGAACCUCUAGGUUCACCAACCAAUAGAAUUUAGUUAUUUCAAAUUUGACAUCUUUUAAAAAAGAAAACAAAAUAUUGCCAAAUUAUAUUACGUUUUAAAAAUAAAAAAUAAAGUAAAAAUAAAUAAAAUAAUACUAAUGCAAAAAAAAUAACUAUUUUUUCAAAAAAAAAAAAUAAUACCACAAAAAAACACUAAUCUCUAAAUGUUAAACCCUAAAUCCUUUAGUAAACCUUUGGAUAAAUUAUAAAUCUUUGAUUUAAAAAAAACUAUACCCUAAAUCCUAAUCCUAAACCCUAAACCUUUGGGUAAACCCUAAACCCUUGGGUAAAUCCGAAAUUCUUGGAUAAAUCUUAAAAUUUAAAAUUUAUCCAAAAGUCUAAGAUUUAAUGUUUGUUGGGAGCGUUAAAAAUAUUUUUUGAAAAUAUUUGUUUUAGAUUAAAAAGUUUUGUUUUUGUGAUUAAUAUAAUUUUUAUUUAAUUUUUAUUUUGAAAGUAUAAUAUAAUUCGAUAAUAUUUUGUUUCCUUUUUUAAAAGAUAUUAAAUCUUAAAUGACACAAUCCUAUUGGUUGGUGAACCUAAAGGUUCACCCUAGGGGGUGAAUCCAAGAAUAAGUCAUGUAUAAAUGUACCAAUAUAUGAUCAAGAAAUUACUGAUUAAUCAUUUCUUUACGAUUAUGAUAUGCAUUAUUUUUUUCUUUCAAAAAGGAAUUAAGACAAUAUUCAAGAAAACAAUGUAGUGAAAGUAAGGUACCAUGGCUAUGCCAGCCCUAGCUUUUUUUUAAUCGAAUUAUGCCAGCCCUAGCUGCACAUGUUUGUGUGUGUGUGUUGUGCAAUAGUUUGGACUUUGGAUAGGUAUAUAUGGUUAGAAAACAAUGAUUAAAAACCAUGUAGAAAUUCUUAAACAGCCUAAAAACUUUGUUUUUGAAAAACUCGCUCAAAAAGUUGAUAUGAACGUAGGUUCUACUCUAGACUCAUAUAAUAACACCACCAUCCUAUUUCGAUAUUUGCACAAUAUCAUAUAUUAAUAUCUAUAUAUUUUGGUCAAUGUACGACUCGACCAUCUGUUGCACUCCAUUGGAUCUUACGGUAACUUAUUCAGAAGAGCAUCUACAAAAAUCUUGAAAGUCCAUUAUUUGAUCAGACUGAAAUUGAUAUAUACUGCCAAUAUAUACUUUCGUAAAGCCAUGUAUUAUUUUCCUCGGUCUAAUAAUUACUAAACAAGGCAACAUGCAUUACAUUAUUCAUUAAUUUCUCUCUCUACCAUGCAUGGCAUACCAUGCAUAUACUUUAAAUAGGACAAGCACUUAGUUAGAGGACAUCCAGAAGGAAGACAUAAAAACUCAAAAACUAAAACAAUGCAAACACAACACUUCUCUUCAUCUCUCUUGUCCCUGAUCACUCUUAUUUGUCUGUCAUGGGCUUUGCUAAUCUCAUCGAUGCAGCCUCCAACACAGCCUCCAUCACAACCACCGUCACAUCCUCCAUCGCAUCUUCCAUCACAACCACCCUCGCAGCCUCCAUUGCAACCUACAUCACAGCCACCGUCACAUCCUCCAUCGCAGCCUCCAUCACUUCCAACGCCACAGCCUCCAGCGCAGUCUCCAUCACAACAAGCCAACGUCGCUUGUAAAUCCACUCCUUACCCGAAGCUCUGCCGCACAAUCCUCUCAGCCUUCAAAUCCUCACCGUCCGAUCCAUACCGUUACGGAAAGUUCACACUCAAGCAAUGCCUCAAACAAGCACGUCGCCUUUCCAACGUCAUCAACCGCUUUGCACAGCGCGUGGAGAAAGAUCCAGGAACGUCCACACCGGAAGAAGUCAGUGCAGUUGCCGACUGCGGCGACCUGGCGGCACUUAGCGUUGAAUACCUUGAAGCGGUUACGGAUGAGCUGAAAGCAGCCGAGCUGAUGACGGAGGCGCUCGUUGAUCGUGUGUCGAGCCUUCUCGGCGGCGUCGUGACGAACCAGCAGACGUGCCUCGACGGUCUUGAGGAGGCUAAGAGCGCGUUUGCGACCGUGAUUGGAUCGCCGUUGGGGAACGUCACGCAGCUCUACAGUGUAUCGUUGGGGCUUGUGAGUAACGCGCUUACCCGUAAUCUGAAGCGGUAUAAAGGAUCCAAGGGGAAGAUCUUUGGUGGUGGUAACAAAGCUAUUCGUGAACCCCUCGAGACUUUAAUUAAGGUUUUACGGAAAACAUGCGACAAGAGCAAGGAGUGUAGGCAUGAUAGGAGUUUAGGUGAGCUAGGGGAGACAAGCGGUGGCUCGAUCCUCGUAAGAGAAGCAGUGACCGUCGGUCCAUACGAACACGACAACUUCACCACCAUAACCGAGGCCGUCGCUGCAGCACCUAACAAAACAUUACCGGAGGAUGGCUACUUCGUCAUCUAUGCAAGGGAAGGUCUUUACGAAGAAUAUAUUGUCAUAUCGAAUAAAAAGAGAAACAUAAUGCUUAUCGGAGAUGGAAUCAAUAAAACCAUCAUUACUGGAAACCAUAGUUUUAUUGAUGGCUGGACUACUUAUAAUUCUUCAAGCUUUGCGGUGGUCGGAGAUCGAUUUGUUGCAGUUGAUGUGACAUUCCGAAAUACAGCUGGACCGGAGAAGCACCAGGCUGUGGCCGUGAGAAAUAAUGCGGAUGGAUCAACAUUUUAUCGGUGUAGUUUCGAAGGCUAUCAAGAUACUCUCUACGUCCAUUCUUUGAGACAGUUCUACCGUGAAUGUGACAUAUACGGUACCGUAGAUUUUAUUUUCGGAAAUGCAGCUGCGGUAUUUCAAAACUGCAAUAUAUAUGCUCGAAAACCUAUGGCAAACCAGAAAAAUGCAGUGACAGCCCAGGGAAGAACAGACCCAAACCAAAAAACCGGAAUCUCCAUAAUCAAUUGCACAAUUGGGGCUGCCCCGGACCUCGCGGCUGACUCCAACCCGGCCAUGACAUUCCUUGGACGGCCAUGGAAGCCUUACUCGAGAACGGUGUACAUUCAAUCAUACAUCACUGAUGCUAUCCAACCAGUGGGAUGGCUAGAAUGGAAUGGUACAAUCGGCCUAGAUACGAUCUCAUAUGGUGAAUAUGACAACUUUGGACCGGGAGCUAAGACAAGCAAGAGAGUCCAGUGGCCAGGGUAUAGCCUAUUGAACUUGGCACAAGCCAUGAACUUCACCGUGUAUAAUUUCACUUUGGGCGACACUUGGUUGCCUCAGACCGAUAUUCCCUUUUACGGCGGUUUGCUUCACACGGAAUGAAAAAUGUAUUACCCUAUUAUAUAACUGAUCCUGCCCCAUUUAAUAAAUGCAAUACAAAAUUUAUUCAUUUUUAC